UAGUGUUUAUUUAUUUUCAAAGAAAAAAAGAAGGUUAUACAAAAGUAAUAUAGUGAGAAUCCCUGGUGUAGGGGCUUUUUUCUUGCUGAAAAACAAUUAUGUCGGAUAAGGAAAUUCCAGGUAGCAGCUGUACCUUUAUAUUCAAAAAGAGAAAUAUAAAGAACAGAGGUUCUCGAAAGAGACAAAUAUCGGAAUCUGAUGAAGAACAGGCUGACCAGGAAGACAAUCAAGUUGUUCAGAAACAUACAAAGAGCAAAACAAAAUUCAACCCAAAUGUUCAAACUUCAAAACGAUUGAACAAAAAACAAAAUGAAGUAGAUGACGAGAAAUCGAAUAGUGAUGACGAAAUUGGGGUUAGUUACAAGUCUAACAAAUCAGCGAUGUCAGCGGGGCCCACAGAUCAAGGAGCAACUGCAACUAUGGAAAUAGACACAGAAAAAGAUCGAGAUGCACAAGCUCUGUUUGAAAAGCGGUUAGAAGUGAACAAAGAGCUGGAAGGCAAGGAAGAUGAUAAAAUAUACAGAGGGUUAAAUAACUAUACACAAUACUACAAGCCAAAAGAUACAGCAGCCGGUAAUGCCAGCUCAGGGAUGGUAAGGAAAGGUCCCAUUCGAGCACCCACAAAUCUGAGAGCCACAGUGCGGUGGGACUACCAACCAGACAUAUGUAAGGACUACAAAGAAACAGGUUUCUGUGGCUUCGGUGACAGUUGCAAGUUUCUUCACGACAGAAGUGACUACAAACAUGGUUGGCAACUGGAACAAGAGUGGAACGAAGGCAGUUACGGCCAAGACGAUGAUGAUAUAAGAUACGAGAUACAUUCCGAUGGGGAGGAGCUCCCUUUCAAAUGUAUAAUUUGUAGGGGUAGUUUUGUAGAUCCUGUUGUGUCCAAGUGUAAACAUUACUUUUGUGAAAAAUGUGCUUUGGAACGUUUCAAGAAAAAUAGGCGGUGUUUCGUUUGUAGUGGUCCAAUAACAACUUUUACUCCUGCGAAUAACUUAAUUGCUCGGCUGAAGAAUUUGGAACAAGAGAAAGAAGAUUCGGAUCAGUCGUCAGAGUGAAUUUUGUAAUAUAUAAUUCAUAAUU